ACAGGUGCAGAAAACCAAGACAUAACAAAACCUACUAGAAAGAAAAGAAGCUCCGGUUAAGCUGACGUAAAAACUGAACCACCAAGGAGACGACCACAGCUAGCAUCUCCAUAUGACAGUACAAACCUGCUGGAUGCAGAAAGCAAAGUAAUAAAAUCUUUGAGCAGUCAGAAGUAGAAGCAGACUCCUGCCAGCUGUGUGUGUCCUCUGCAGCUCUGUGGUUCAGUUCGUCUCAUCCGGACCUUGGAAUUACUCUCUGACCAUGAAGGCCUACACCGACGCCAACCGAACUCAAGCUGUGGCCUCAAACACCGAAGUUCGCCUGAACCAGAAGAUCUGGGUGGAGCUGGAUGCCGACGGCCUGGAUGAAAGCCUGGUUGCCGUGGUGAUGGACUCCUGCUGGGCGACGGACCAGGAAUCGGCCAACGCUAGCCGUAAAUAUUACCUGAUCGAGAACGGUUGUCCAAACCCUGAGGACCAGACGGUGAGCGUGGAGGCAAAAGGAAGGGGAACCUCCAACUCCUUCUCCUUCAACAUGUUCCAGUUCACUGGGAGCUCAGCUCAGGUCUACCUGCACUGCAAACUGCAGCUCUGCAUCAAACAGGAGAACACCUGCGUCAAGACGUGUGCUGGAACUCGGAGACGCAGAUCUGUCCGGUCCCAGUCUGGAGCUGCUGCCUUCAUCAGCAUGGCUUGGACUGCCUAGGUGAAGGACCUCAAACUCCAUGAAGAUCCAGUCUGUGGACCGGUUCUGAUCCAGACCCGGGUGUUAUGAGGAAAUCUCUGACACAUAGCGGUUCUACUGCUGAGCGUUUCUUUGUUUUAAUCAAAUGUGGUGAAGGGAAGUGAGUGAAACACUAAACUAAUCAGAGUUUAUAGUUGGUCUUCAAUGAAAGAAGCUUUUUGAUUCUCACCUUGUCUGAGCUCAACACAUUGUAGAUGUGAAACAUCCCAUAAUGCACAGAGGAAAACAGAGAGCAGAAUGAGGCUGCAGUGGUUCACAGUGAGCUUCAAUGUUUCAGUCAGCUCUACAAUCAGGAGGAAUUUGAUUUCAUUUCUAGUCUCAAUGAUCAGUAAAGGUUUAGCAGGGAUUGGUGGCUGUUACUGAGCCGUUUUUCUUCUUCUGAAGCUGAAAUUUACAGAAACUCCAACAUGACGUUUGUAGGUUGAUGUCAGUUUUUAACAUCUAUAAAAUUAUUAUCAAGUUGAGUUUUCAAUUCAGAAAGUUAAAGCAGAGUUUUAACUCUUACAAAUGUAAAACUGGAGCACUUCCCCCUCUUGUGGCUACAAUUUGUAUUACAUACAAGCUUUAACUGGUCAUUUGUUUUAAUUCUUCUAAACUUAGACAGAAUAAAAGCCAUUUGAGGUCAAAUAAAUGAUUUUUUUCCAUUCUGCUUUCGGCCUUUUGUAGUUUUUCUUCAGUCUUUGGAUGGAUUGUUGUUGUUUUAUGUUUGGUUUUCAUGUUGGACAUCUGAUGUGCGGCGGCGACAUAAAGAUCAGCACUUUUGAUUUCUAAUCACUAAAAUAUUAAAGUGUGCAAUGAUGAUUAUUAAUCAAACAUUUUUAGUUUUUAUAAUAACUACUUUGGAUGAAGGUGAUUAAAGUUGUAAUUCAUGUUUUAAUCAGCAAAUAAACCUUAAAAAUAAAA